GUACAGUAUAAAUACAGGGCUCCGCCUCGCCAGUGUCCACUGCGGGUGCCGGACUAGAAACAACGCGGCUCCCGAGACAGGAGAGAAGCGACAAUGAAGGUGCCGUGUGUGGCCGCUUUCCUCGUGGGGCUCCUCUCCCUGCAGAGCACCAGAGCAGCUCCGCUGAAGAAGCAGUUGUGGUCAGUGGGCUCUGGUAGUGUAGACACCGGCAACGUGGGUGACGGGAGCUUUGACGACAACAACCAAAACAACCAGUUCUGGUCAGUGAACUCCGGUAGCGUAGAGACUGGCAACGUGGGUGAUGGCAGCUUUGAUGACAACAACCAAAACAACCAGUUCUGGUCAGUGGACUCCGGUAGUGUAAAGACUGGCAACGUGGGUGACGGCAGCUUUGAUGACAACAACCAAAACAACCAGUUCUGGUCAGUGGGCUCUGGUAGCGUAGACACAGGCAACGUGGGUGACGGCAGCUUUGACGACAACAACCAAAACAACCAGUUCUGGAGAGUGGGCUCUGGGAGCGUAGACACCGGCAACGUGGGUGCCGGCAGCUUUGACGACAACAACCAAAACAACCAGUUCUGGUCAGUGGACUCCGGUAGCGUGAAGACCGGCAACGUGGGUGAUGGCAGCUUUGACGACAACAACCAAAACAACCAGUUCUGGUCAGUGGGCUCUGGGAGCGUAGACACUGGCAACGUGGGUGCCGGCAGCUUUGACGACAACAACCAAAACAACCAGUUCUGGUCAGUGGGGUCCGGGAGCGUAGACACCGGCAACGUGGGUGACGGCAGCUUUGACGACAACGACAAAAACAAUCGCUACAGGAAAGUGGACUGUGCUCGCUUAAAAAACAGCAACAUGGGUGAUGGCAGCUUUGAUGACAACAAUCAAAACAACCAGUUCUGGUCAGUGGACUCUGGUAGUGUAAAGACCGGCAACGUGGGUGAUGGCAGCUUUGAUGACAACAAUCAAAACAACCAGUUCUGGUCAGUGGGCUCCGGUAGCGUAGACACCGGCAACGUGGGUGCCGGCAGCUUUGACGACAACAAUCAAAACAACCAGUUCUGGUCAGUGGGCUCCGGUAGCGUAGACACCGGCAACGUGGGUGCCGGCAGCUUUGAUGACAACAACCAAAACAACCAGUUCUGGUCAGUGGGCUCCGGGAGAGUAGACACCGGCAACGUGGGUGCUGGCAGCUUUGAUGACAACAACCAAAACAACCAGUUCUGGUCAGUGGAGUCCGGUAGUGUAAAGACCGGCAACGUCGGUGAUGGCAGCUUUGAUGACAACAAUCAAAACAACCAGUUCUGGAGAGUGGGCUCCGGUAGCGUAGACACCGGCAACGUGGGUGCCGGCAGCUUUGACGACAACAAU